ACACGCUUCUCUGAAAACAAUCCAGCUAAUCGUCUAAGCCCACCAACAAAUGGGCUAAGUAGGUCUAUAUGUUCCAGUUUACACAACCCAAUAAGUGCAACAACACGCACCAGAAACGCACCGCCAAGCAGUUUCUUUUUCAUUUUCACCGCUGCAAUAGCAAAUUGAGACACUCGCUCGUUCACGCGUCAGUUGUCUCUCUCUCUCUCUCAAGAAACGAUGCCGUCAUUGCAAACUGCGCUGCCUCCUGAACUAGCCAACAACGUGAUUAGACUUUACCGUGAAUGUCUUCGACGAGCUAAAUAUAUUGGUCAUCAACAACAUAACACGGAGCUUCUUGUCAAUAUGGUAAGGCAGCAGUUUAAAAGAAACAAACAUGAGACUGAUCCAGAGAAAAUUCAAAAGUUGAAGGAUGACGAGGGGACUUAUAAAUCACAUACUCUAUGAAGCUGAGAGGCUGUCUGGUCGUAGAGCGAUCAAGAGUAUUUAAUGUUUCUUCAGAAUCUUAAGUAGAGGAACGGGCCCCAGGAUACAGUUGGUGAGUCAAAAGAAGUUUUAGGCCGUCAAUCAGAUAACAAAAGGGGUUUUUUUCUUAGUCGUCAUCAAUAUCCCGAGCGUUAGAGGACCGUAUACAUAAUGGAACUUGCAUUAAUGGAAAGAUUCCGUGCUGGCAAUGCAUGCGGUUUUCUUAACAAGUAUAUCUUUCUUUACUUUCUUUC